AUGUCGAACACGUUUAUCGCAGGAGUCACCGCUCUCUCAGGAGUAGCCAUCCUCGGAUGUCUCCUCUUCCUCGGCUCCAUCUACCAGGACAUCAAUGGUCUCUACGAUGACGUCAUGGGAGAUAUGAACGAUUUCCAGGUUUGUUGAUAUUCAAAUACUUUGGUUAUGUGUUCAUAUGAUCAGACUUUCGCCAACGACGCGUGGGACUCGAUGAUCUCCAUGAACCAGCCAGCCAGACACCUCAACGCGGCCACCAUCUUCGGACGAAACAAGAGACAGGCCGCUUGCAACUGCGGAACCCAGCCGAGCAACUGCCCAGCUGGACCCCCAGGACCACCAGGAGCGCCCGGAGACCAAGGACACGACGGAGCUCCGGGACAGGCUGGAAACCCAGGACAGAGCGCCGUUACCGCUAGCAUUGCCUCCUCUAUCACUGAUUGCAUUGUCUGCCCAGCCGGCGCCCCAGGACCACAAGGACCAAACGGAGCUCCAGGAGCCCCAGGACCGGCCGGAAAGCCAGGACAAGAUGGAACCUCUGGACAGCCGGGAGCACCAGGAGUCGCAGGACCACAGGGAGACGCUGGAACCGCUGGUCAGCCAGGACAACCAGGGCAAGACGGAGCCCCAGGAAAGAACGGACAACGCGGACACGGAGCACCAGGAGCACCAGGACCACAAGGACCAGCUGGAGCACCAGGAAACAACGGACAGCCAGGACAGAACGGAGGCCCAGGACAGCAAGGAGCUCCAGGAGCCGCAGGACCAGACGGACAACCAGGACAGAACGGAUCGGACGGAACUCCAGGAGAGAACGGAGAAGAAGGCGUGCCAGGAACCGAUGCGGCCUACUGCCCGUGCCCGGCCAGAAGCGGACCAGUCGAGGUCGCUCCGGCUAGGCCAGACAAGUACAGAAGACGUUUCUCCAACUAA